UAUUUUUUUUGUUUAAAAAAUUAUCAAACGGGUUUAAAAUUGAAAGGUAGUACUCUAUAUCCCAGUAAUGAUAAAACAAAAAAAAUUCGCCACACUUGUCGAUUGUAUCCGAUUGAGAACGACGCUACCUUCGAUCGCUGCUACUUUCAUAAUACAUCUUUUAUUCGGUUUGCUCUUAACAAAAGUUGUGCACAUAGCACAAGGCGAACGCGUGCGUUGCUUUUUCUUUCUCAUAUUGUUCUGUUUUUAUUGCGCGAUGUGUUCAAUCGAAUCGGAGCAGUUGUAAUACCCGAAAGUUCGAAAAAAGUAUUGAGAAAAAAAGUGUUAUAGUGUUGGUGAUAAAGUCAAACCAUGGAGUUAACUUAAUAACCAGUUCAGACAGUUAAAUAAUUGUCUUCACUAUGUCCUGCUACAUAAGGAUGAAAAGAUCCUUUUUACAGGGUCUUUUAUGGCUGUAUCUAUACGGAUUUGGUUUCAUGGCGUUUUCACUCGAGCCUGGGUUUUUAGAUUUCGACAAUCUUCCAGAUACGAAUUUUUCUUGCGUAGGCAAAGUCAUCGGUGGUUAUUAUGCAGAUUUAGAAACGAAUUGUCAAAUGUUUCAUGUCUGUACUAUUGGUCAAUUAGACGAGCCUAUGGAUAUUAGAUUUUUGUGCCUAAAUGGAACCGUUUUCGAUCAGGAAACUCGCGUUUGCGAGAGAAUAGACGAAGUCGACUGCACGAAAUCUGAACAAUUUUAUAAUUUAAAUUUAGAAUUAUACGGACAUAGCCAAUUUUCUAAUUUAGAAGAAAAUUCUGAGACUGAACAGCCCUUGAUAAUAAAAUCUACCUUACCUACGACCACCACGACGACAUCUACACCAUCACCGACGAAAAAAACAACGCACUUACCAUUUCACACUUCGGUAACCCCACCGACGAUUACAACGUUAGAAAACCGUUUAUCUCCUACGGGAAAUCAUCAUCCCAAAGGAAACAAUCACGCAUCGUCGACGCAGAAUCUCCUAUCCGCGCAUCAUUUUCCCGUGAUCAAUCCGAGUGCCACAGAUAUACGUUUCGAUCCCGAAGAGAUCAACAUCAGUUUACAUCCCGGAGCGCCGCCGGAUAUAAGGACGUUUUAUAGUGUUACAAAUAGUGAGAAUCAAUUGGUGGCGACCACUAAUCGUGGUGUGUUCGAUAAACCGCCCCAAAAUAUCGCGUCCAGUACGCAGAAAAACCGUUAUAAUAGUGCUACGUCAUCGGAUAUUAGCGGAUUCGGGUUUACUUUUAAAGACGACGAUUCCGGGGGGUAUACAGAACCGCCGGAAAGUUUUAGGAUACGUAAAGAUUUCAGGCCUAGUCAAAAUUAUGCAGUUUCAGCUGCCCUGCAAAAUCCUCAAUCUCAACUAUAUAAAUCGAGUACGUUUAGAAAUGAUUAUACGUUGAGUACUUUGAAAGCGAACGGGAAUUUACCGAAAUCUUCGACGACGUUAAGAAAUUAUUUUGUUCAAUCCCUGAAACCACCGAAACCAGAUCAACGGGAUCAAUACGGGACACCUCAUACCGAGAAAAAUCCUUUACCGAGUUUGCCAACUUUAACUUUCAGUUCGCCAGCACCGUUUUCUUUGCAACAGAGAAAUGAACAGAAAAGGUAUACGAAAGAUCACAUCCCCCCACCAAGAAUCGUAAUAAGCGCUAGCGCCAGCGUGAGCGAUGCUAGCGGAAAACGACUGAACUACUCUUUAGGUACCAUCGGAGCUGCUCAACUAUUCAAACCACCUCCACAUUCCUACGACGAAUAUAAAGACGAAGACGUAGCUCUGGACCCUUUUUACCUAGACGUUCCCAAAGUAACCAAAUCCCCAAGAAAAAAACGAAGCAUACAAGAAAGAAAAAACUACGCCGACAUUAUAAAAAACGACGAAGAAGCUUUAGAUUUAUUAAAAUUCCUAUUUGAUUGGUACAAAAACGAGAAAACCAAUAAAUAUACCACCCCUUUAAGCACCCCCUUAGAUUUGGACGGUAUAGCAUCGAUAAACCACGAACUGGCCCCCGAAAAGGAGGAUAAUUUAGAUCUGUUCUUCAACACCAGCGAUUCAUUCGGAAAAAACACUAAAUACAGUGUCUUCGGGAACGAAGGAUCAAUAUUGAGCCACGAAGCAGAAACGAAAAUUAACAAAGUACAAGAAAAAUACACAAUAACACACGAAACCGAUAAAGAUUACGUUAACGAUAAUUACGAACCGAUAAGUUAUAAAGAAUACGGUAGAAGAAAUCACGAAGAAGAAAUUAACGAAUAUAAAAUACCAGAAGAUUACGUUGAUGAUAACAUCGAACCUAUUUACUACAAAAAAAGGGAAGAAAAUGGAUUAACAACCACGACGGUUCCUAUAUUUGAAAACGUAAACACCCUAACAACAGAUUGGAUAUUCGUAACCACAACUGAACCAUCGCGAAACACCGAAGUUUAUUACGAAACUAGUGAUUCCAUACCCACUAUAACAGAAAAUUCAAUAAUUACUACACGAAAAAUCGUAACCGCAACGGAACAAUCAAAAAUAAGAAAAAAUAAAACGAAAUACAAGAAAACUUUUUCGACUACCCCUGUAGAUGUUACAACUACUUCUUCUUUUUCGGAACUUAGUACGAUUGAACUACCGGAUGAAAUGACAAUCGAAUCUACUACUGAUGGAAGUUUGUCUAUGGAUUUGAAAGCGAUGAUUAAAAACAUCGAAACUAACACCAAUAGUGUGGCGGCUUCGGGCAUAUAUAAACAAAAAUCGAAAAAAGAAAUAAAAACUAACAAUGAUAGUAACGCGGAUUCGGAUAUAUAUAAACUAAAAUCGAUAAAAGAUACCGGAAAUAAUAGUAAUAGUGUGGCGGCUUCGGAUAUAUAUAAACAAAAACGGAAAAAAUUUACAGAAACUACUACAAUGGGGUGGAGCGAAGAUAGUACCACGUCUGAAGAAGAUUUAAUGAGGUUAAUUGAAGAAAGUACCACGUUUAAAGAAAAUUUAAUGGGAUUAAGUGAAGAAAGUACGACGUUUAAAGAUUUAAUGGGAUUAAGUGAAGAAAGUACCACGUUUAAAGAAGAUUUGAGUGUAACUACGGAGGGUUAUGGUACUACUGGAUCGAAUGGGGAUGAUGAGAUUAAUACUGAAGAUGUUUUUGGUACGACUACCGAUAUUUCUGUGGGGGUAGAUGAAAGAUAUAACGAAAUACCGACUACUUUGGAACAAUUUACUAUGGAAUCUACUACCGAGGUGGUAGAUUCGACUGAAAGUACUACUGCGAGGAAAUUUAAACGGAGACGUGGAAAAUUUGGUGGUGACAGGCAUAGAUUUGGUAGCGAUCGGUUGAAAGCUACGGGACCUACGGUGGAAGAUGAGAGUAUCAGAAUUGGAAAUCAGAAAGACGUGGCAACAUCUACCGAAUAUCUUCGUAACCCGACGAAACGAAAAAGCUUCCCGCUGACUGAUUAUCCUCUAAGAAAAAGCGUGAAUCCGACACAAGCGGAAAGAAGUGUAGUAACGAAGCCGUUUUCUCAACGUCCCCCCGUAUUUUUCAAUUGCUUCGAUAAACAAGUGAACAAAUUUUAUCCGGAUCGCAGGGAUUGUAAAUUAUUUCAUUAUUGCACGCAGGGAUACACCGAAAAUCAGCUGCUCGAUUUGAAAUUCGUUUGCGACUUCAACACCUACUUCGACGAACAGAAAUUGAUUUGUACGAAAGCGAAACCGAUGCGAUGUUCGUAAAUACCGAAUUUGAUUUUUUUUAUUCCCUCUAAGUGAUUAAUUUCUCGCGCGAAAGUCGAAUAAAAAUCCAUGAAAUUCCACAAAAAAAGAUUUUUUCAAGUUUACAUUCAAUUCAUAUCUUUAGAUUUAGGUCGUGAAAUUCCACCAAAAAUAAUUGUUCAAGUUUAAAUUUAGUUUUUCUUGAGAUUUGGGUUCAAAGUGUACUAGAUCGAACGGUUUUUUUUUAGAUGGCGUUGGCUAUAACUUUAUCGCGUAUAUUUAAACCAGAAUUACUUGAGUAAGGGUCUAAUUAAAGGUUCGUGGUCGUAUAAUUGAGCUCGUUAAUUAAAUAUUGCUCAAAAUUCUUUAAUUUCCACCUAAAAUUAUUUGUUUAUAGUGGAAAUUCAGUUUAUUUGCUAGUUAGAACGGUUUACGCUAGAUGGAGGCAGUUAUAACGUUGUUUCCUUAUGCUUGAACUGGAAUCACUUAAUAAAGUAUACAACCAUGGAUAGGGAGGUUUGAAGUUGAAGUUUUCAAUCGAAAAUUUCUUGAAAUUUAUGAAAUUCAACCGAAAAUAUUUUUUUCUAGUGAAACUUUAGUUCGUUCCUUCAAAUUUUUAGAUAGAUGGCGUCUACUAUAACGGUUUUUCUUAAUUGAACUGGAAUUCCUUAAGAGUUGCCCAAACAUGGUUGCGGGGUGGGUUAAAAACGAACUUUUCAAUUGAAAAUUAGUUGAAAUUCAUUAAAUUCCACCAAAAAAAUGUUUUUCUAGCAAAAAAUCAGUUUAUACCUUCCAAUAUGGCACAAAAAUUCACUAGUUCAGACGAUUUUCGAUAAAUGGCGUCAGCUAUAAUGAUUUUUCUUACGUUUCAUUUGGAAUUACUUAAGAAAGUGUCUAAUGAGGGGUGUGUGGUAGGUUACAGUUAAGCUUUUUAAUUGAAAUUCGUUGAAUUCCAUCAAAAAAUUCUUUUCUAGGAAAAAUUCAGUUUAUUUUUGUAUAACAAUUUUCAUUAGAUGGCGUCAGCUAUAACGUUUUUGUUUAUGUUUGAACUGAAAUCACGUAAGAAAGUGUCCAAACACGGAUGGGUGAUAGUAUUAGAGUUAUCGUAGAGUUCUUAUAAUGAAAAUCCGUGAAAAUGCUUCCGUGGUUUCAUAAUUUAGAAAAAAUUCUAGAAAUUACGCAUGUUAAGGACCAAAAUACAAUAUUUUUAUCACAUAUACUUAAUAUGGUGACAUUUCUUGGAACUAAAACGACUUUUUACAUCUUUUACGUCCCUUAUUAUACGCAAUUUUCGAAAAUUACCUUUCAAAUUUUCAGUUCUUUUAUUCCUGAUCAUUAGAGACAUAAUGAUUUCAUUAUAUUUUGAAAAAAAAAUAUCAAAUUUCAUAAAAAAUGUUUAUAUAACAGAAAUUAAUCAUUUCCCAUGAGUUUUAAAUUUUCCAAAAUCAUUUAAUUCAAUCGAACAUAUUUAUUACACGAUUUUUUUAAUUAUUUCUUUUUUAAACUUUAUAACCCCACUGAGGAUUGUAAAUAUUAUCUAAACGUUAAAAAAAACAAAA